AUCGAGCGAACGACGGAUUACACCUCAUACUAAUCCGAUCCCAUAUAGAAAUCCAACAUUAAAUCCCAAACUUUUUUCCUGCCUCGGUCUUCCCUUUUCGCCUCUUCGCCCGCACCACCCCCAUCGCCGACCGCCGCGCACGUACUCCCUUUUCCAAGUAGCUUAGCGUUUUAAUUCUUUCGCCCAAUUACGGCAUGAAGCUGUUUUAAAAAAAUGAUAGUUUAAAGGACCAUGUGUUGCACGGCAAGUGUUUAAGAUGUGGAUUUGAGCCGUGUAACGCGUCAAAUUGGGGGGGUCCGUCGGACGGAGAGGGAGGAGGGGGUGCGAGUGUUUUUGAACACAUCUGUAAACGGAGCCCACGUUCAUUAAUUAAAUGGCUUUAGUCCGGCUAGGCCUCAAUUUGCGCUGUUGAGCAGCAGGCGGCGGGCGGUGCAACACUACAUGCCCGAUUGGCAGCCCACAAUCACAGGGGAGGAGUCUGGAGACAGCAACGGGGUGGCAGAGUGGCUGUGCCCCCUGUGCCAACAAGGACAAGCAGACAGAUCCUCACUUUCUCUACAUCUCACUGACCAACACAAUGUACUUCCAUCCUGUGUGGACAAACUGCUAGACAUUGCUAUUCCAGCACAGUGUGCCAGUGGACAAGAAGAGGACAAAGGUGCUCAGAAACCCACAGAUCCUGCCUCUGUCCAACAACUGAAGUAUGGUGAAGACUCCUGUUCAGAACCCAAUGAGUGCAAAGAGAAUUCAGAUGCUGCUCAGCCACCUGGAGACAAAGUGAUGGAGGAAGAAAAGGUUAUGGAACAGGAGGGAGUCAAAGCUCAGCCCGAAUCGGAACAGGAGGGAAGUCAACCCACAGCAGCAAAACUGCCCAACAGCACGACCGAAAAUACAGAAAUGCCAGACACUAAUGAAAAAUCAAGUGGUAAAAAUGUUUCGGUAGCUGAAAAUAACACCCGGCCAUUCAAAUGCAAUGCCUGCCUGGAAACCUUUCCCACCAAGACUGCUUUGAGCGUUCAUUACACCUCUGCAUCCCACAUUCAGAGAAUGACAACAGGCUCUGCAAAGCGGGGUGGGGAACAUGACCCCCAAACUGCUCUGGUUCCUGUCCUGUCACGGCCAUAUAUAUCAAACAAACCAUACCAGUGUGCUGUGUGUCGAGUCUCUUACAAUCACGCCAUCACCCUUGAGAGCCAUAUGAAAUCUGUCUUACACCAGACCCGCAGCAGAAAUGCUGGAAAUGCUGCCAACGCUGCAGUGGCCCCUGGUAGUUUGGGAGGUAGCAGCAACAGUGUUCCGAACACAAUAGUGGGCACCCCUGGGUGUGGAACCACUCAGUUAGUCACCACCACCAACUGUGCUGCCCCUGGUACCUUGAUGGUGACUCCUAAAGAUGGGGAGCAGGUCCAGACUUCACCAGCAGCUCACUCCCUCCUCUCCUCCCCUGUGGCCUCAGCUCAGGCGGUCUCAGCCUUUCUCACCCUCCUCACAUCCAGCCCCAGCUCCCUCUCACACUCCCUCCUUCCCUCCCUGUUUGCAGCUAGUGCGGCUCCUGGUGCAGCCGCACCCCAGCUUGUGCCUCAGCCUCAGAUGCUUAUGCCCUUGAUCCUGAAUGGGCUUCAAGCUCAAACCCAGCAGCACCCAGACAACCAGCCAGGCCAGCUCCUGACCCAGUGUGUGCCAUUACUAGGUCUCAGCACAGCCCAGCAAGCCGUACUUGCCCAAAGACUCAGCAACUUACAAAACCAGUGGCCCUCUGCGGGAAUCCAAACAAAUGCACAACCCUGUCCCGAAGAGCAAAAACAGGGUGCAAAAUGUGAGGCAGAACAAGUGAAGCAGGAGAGUGAUGAGACAGUUGAAGAUAAGGGUGCAGUACAGGUCAAGGACAGGGACAGUUGGACUACAGAAAGCAUUAAAAAAGAGAGAGAUAAAGAAGACGACAGUAACGACUUUUCACAGGGUCCUAAAACAGAAAGCAAAAUGAAGGUUGAGAAUGAUGAAGACAAUGGGAAGGCACAUAGAGAUCGCACAACAGAUGGAGACGGCUUGAAUGAUCAGUUGGACCUGGAAGGUGAUAAAGCAGCUAGCCUAAAUCUCUCCCCAAUGGCCACAGAGAAAAGCUUCCGCAAUAACAAUCUCUCGCCUACUGCAUCUGUGCCCAGCAACUCAAGCCUGAGUCCUGUAAAUUUAAACCUUACACUUAGUCCCGAUUCUACGCCUCAAAAAUCACAAGCAGGCACAAGUCCUUGUGGCUCCUUUGGCACCCCAAAAACCAGUCCCUAUGCAAAUGCCUUAACUUCAUCCGACCAAAUUCGACCCUAUUGUAAUACAUUUGGGCGCAUCAUCUCUCCAGACCUUCCAGUACUAUCAGAGUUCCAGUCAGAGGUUCUCUGGGCAUUUUUUGAGUCGCGUAGUGAGGCUGAUGCUGCGAGUCCUCCCCAUGAAGACUGUGAGGCACUGGGUAGAGAGGUAGGGCUCUCUGAGGAAGAGGUACGCAAGUGGCUGAGCCAAGCCCGAUAUGCCAAAGACAGGCAAAGGACUGCAGGGCUAGAGCACAUACAUGGCCUGGUGGGGUUGACAAGGCUUGUCCAAGGUUCUGAUGACUAUGAUGAUGAGGAAAGCUCACUAAUAAUAGCAGAAGGCGAGGAUGAUGCUGAAGCCUCAGAUAGUCAAGCAAUUGAUUUGUCUAAGAGAAGAGGGAAGCGAAAACAGAGAGAUCUGGGAAGGGAAGGUCAGGGAGACUCCUGUCUGACUUCAGACUCUGAAAAUGAAGUCUACACCUCUGUCAUUGUGUCUGAUGAGGAAAGUCAGAAUGGGUCUAUGAGGGAGGGGCCUGAGAGUCCCGCUAAAGAUGAAGCACAGCGAGAGGCACCUGGUGAUAAGGGCUUAGGUGGUGGAAAGGUGCUGCGCUCCACCACAGUGUUUCUCUCUGAUGCAGAAGAUGAGUAUGAAGAGGAGGAGAGCGGUGCAGGUCAGAGGGCCAAGAGGAAAAAAAGGAAGGGAGAGUUUGAGCACGAUGAGGUGGAAGUCAAGAAGGAGAGGCAAGACCCAGAUGUGGAUCUAGAGUUGGAGGCCCAAGGGGAUCCUCCAAGCACUCAGACACACUCCAUGGACCAUCCAGAGCUUCCAAGUGGCAUCCUCCACUCCCUCCCUCUGUCUCUGUCUCUCGCACACUUUUCUACUCAAUUCCUGAGCCCCUAUGUCCUGUCUCUUCCUCCUUCAGUGGUUGGAGAUGGAAGCAAACUACCCAUCUUUUCCAACCCCCCUAAUAUCACACGCUUUUCUGAUUCUCUUCUCUCACAGCCGCUCUCCUCCCACAGCCAGACCUCUCACUACCUUUCCAAUGGCGAUGACUGUGAGUCAGCUCUGGAUCUAAGCAUGGGGAAAAACAGCAAUUCCAAAUAUGCUUCUUCCUCAUCAUCAUUAAAUCUAGCUGAUAAAACGUCAGCGCAGAAGGGACGGUUGCUGGAUGGACUCGGCUUGAGGCCCACAUCCAAAGGUCUGGUAGUCGUCCAAGUUAAGCCUGACCAUGCUACUGCCAUGCCUUCUUCCAACAGCAGCACAGGUCUGGUCAAUUGCAAUAAUAUGAUUAAGUCUAGUAUUUACAUGAGGGCAGCAGAGAAGAUGAAUGCCACACUAUUGGAAAGAGAGCGCGAAAAAGAGAGAGAGAAGGAAAGGGAAAGGGAGCAGCAGCAGCAGAAGAAGUCCAAGGGCAAACGGUUUCGGGACAUGCGGCGUUCAAGAACCAUCAUCCAAGCUGAGCAACUUGACAUACUGUAUGGCUGUUAUUUCAAAGACCCAAAUCCCGGGAAACAUGAAUUUGAACAGAUUUCAGAAUGGGUCCAUCUUCCAAAGAAGGUUGUCCAGAUUUGGUUCCAAAACAUGAGGGCGAGGGAACGGAAAGGUGAGGUCCGAUUCAUCAGUGAUGGGACCCUGGCAGCAGUGGGAAAACCUCUUAUUAAAUUCACCUGGCCUCUCUCCAAACCUAUAUUCUCCAACAAGCCAGUUGCAAACAACACUGGGUGUAUUACAACCGCCCCAAUAGUCCGAACCCUCAUGAAGACAGAGAAGGAGCCUGUAAAGGAGUUGAGCAAACCAGCUGUGAUGAAAAAAAUUACCCCGAUUCCCAUCAAGCCCAAGGAGGUUGUUUCUUCCACUGCGGUCUCUCCUGUGAGCAGCAGUGCUUUUGCAGUGCCAAAGACCAAACUAGAGACCACCAGCAACAUCACUAUGGUCAAAGUUGCACCCAAAGUCAACACCCCCAUUCUUCUAGCACCACCUAAGGACCCUGUCCCCAUUGCACCACGUCCAGCCCAGAAGCGAAUGCUAGAAGAGGAGAGUGAGGAAGACAAGACAGAUGAGGAGAAGGACAAUGAAAAUGAGGUGAGGCCUGGACCAGGAGCCACUAACCGUAUGGUGCCCAAACUGCCCACAACUCCCAUUAACAACAAGCCUCCUGCCACGACAGCAGUGCCACCAAAACAAAACGGACUCAACUACUGGACCCCUAAAGGCCCCUUUAAGAUCAACACACUAUCAAGAGAACAGCUGGCUCUUCCCACGCACACACCUCCUCGUACCAUCCCUCCUCCCCCAACCCCCAGCAUUGCACCAGUCAGCCCAAAUACCCCUAGCUCUGCCAAAGUGGCCAGCCCCACCACCCCAGCUGUGGCUAAAUCAAGCCCAACAGAGGGUAGCUUAUUGCCUCAUUCGUCCAGUCGUAGGCCACGCACACACCUAUCCUGCCUGCAGCUGUCCAUUCUGCAGUCCUGUUAUGAGACCUGUGCCCACCCCAAUGCUAUGGAGUGCGAGGCCAUCGGCUCAGAGCUCAGCCUGCCCCUCAAAGUGGUGCAGAUCUGGUUCCAAAACACAAGGGCAAAGGAAAAGCGCUGGCGGCUGCAGCAAGAGAAAAUGUCUCCUCUGGCAGAUGGCAAGAUGGACAUGAGCUCGGGAAGCUACCUGCAGUACAACGCACUUCGAGCCAACCGUCCCAUCCUACCCAAACCUGUGCAGCUGACAGUUAUCGAACCUGCAGCUCCCCCUGUGGCAGGUCAGCCAGUGCCAAAGGAGACCCUAACAGGCCGCUGUGAGGCUUGCAAUGUCUCCUUUGAGUCACGCGCUGCGGCCAGAGCCCAUGUCUUCUCCCCACGUCAUUUGUCGACCCUGCGAACCACUAACUUUGGCCAGCCGACAACACUCAUCAACAAAAACGGAACCAGUAGUAGUGGAUCUGGCAGUGUUGUGCAGAGCUCACCGGUCUCUCUUUCCACUCCGGUCACUAGUUCUGGUGGUAGUUCUGGAGGGGAGAUGGUUGUGGAAUCACCCCCACCGGUGGCCACCAGCAACAGCUAAAGACUCUGAUCAGGAUUGGUCUGCAAACUGACUCUUCCUUGGACCCAUUUGGGCUCCUCAGAUUUUAAUAAACAAGUUUGAGCACUAAUACUCAAAAGCUAAUAUUCUUUAGUUUUUGAAGUAGGCUCUCCCUGCACCCGCUAUCCCUUGCGCAACCCUCACUGACUGGAAACCCUGUUGAACAUUUAAUCUAUAGACUUCACCUCAAAUCUAAUCCAACAACAGACUAUUGCCCCACUGCUUCACACUUUAUCAGUGGCUAUCUGAUGAGUGAUGAACUCAGUUCCCACUCCCCUUACCCAGACAUUUUUGGUCCUAGGCCUGUGGUUAUAUAUUACCUUACUUACAUGAUCCUCCUAUAAUUUCUAAAGUCACUCAACCUCCCAUGCUUGUACUGUCCUGCUACCCCGAAGACUGAUGCAAAGCAUUUCUUCUUUGGAAGUGGCCAUUUGACAUUGGGCCUGGAAUCACUUUUUGGGACAAUAACAAAAUAUUCACAUCAAUAUGUCCCAGUUUGCUCCUAUGGAAUUGGUUAUUUCUUAUGCCUACUUUCACUGCUACGGCAAAGAUUGCUUGGAUUUAAUGAGUGGAUUGAAUCAGUGGGAGAGGCAAAACUGCUAUCGACUGUCAUAUUUUUAUUUGCUACAGGCUUGUGGUCUGAAAGAGCAUUGUUUGUCUACUCACUUGGGAUAUAAGAGGUACUUAAGCAAGAAUAGGGCUGUUCACGUGUUCCCCGUUGAUGUAUGUGUUCACCGUUUUCAUGACAAUCCAAAUAGGGCAAAACGAGAGGCUGAGGAAGGUAGACUCUUGGCAUACCGCACUUUGACACAUUUUACAUUGUAUGAAAUGUUUUUUUAAGCAUUCUGAUGCAGUGUCUAUGAAAAGAUACAUUAAUGCAUGUUGGAUGCCUUAAUAUAAAUCACAAAUUAAACUGAUGAUUUUUGCUAGUCUAAUAAACCAUGCUUUAGGUGUGACCACACUGUUGUUCAAGAAACAGACCUGAUUCAACGAAGAAGAGUUCUGUUCCAAAUUUAUAUCCAUCUUGUCGAGCAAGAAGCAUUACAAAGACUUCAUUCAAUUUGUGGAAUAUAGCGAAUCCAGUCUGUACAAGUAUCAAUCAGUCACACAAGACUUAAGUUGAUGACUGUCCUACUUGUUUAGCUGUUGAUCACUUUGAAAGAGUAGGAUUUGUUUAUUUUCCCAAAAUUUUGGAUAUCUCAUUUUGAAAUGCAACUCUUCUUUCUGGAAAAUAAAUGUUUUCAGCUAUUGGUGGUGUGCCAGAAACAUGACAGCCUUAAAAAAGUAAACACCACCAUAUAGAUCAAAUCAACCCCAAGUGCUCCUCAUAAUGUUUGCAAAUGAUUUUUACCCACAUUUGGUGUCCUUUCAAGCCCUGGCCAUUUCCCAUUUGGUACAUCUGUUUAAUUUGUUGUGAAUAUUGUGUGAACCAGGAGAAUUAGUGCUCAUUUUUAUUGAUAUUUUAUUGGUUUUAAUAUCUACACAGAUGAGUCAAUACACGCAAAUAAUAUGUUAGUGGUGUAACUUGUAAAGUUCAAAGCCAAACAUCUGGAGAUAUUACAAGAACAGGGCUUGAAAUGGGCUGACUCCCUUCCCCCCAACACACACACUUUGUUUUUUUUUUUUUUUUUUUUUAGUUUUGAAACAUAGUUGCUAAUUCUGGUAAUGUACGUACUGGGAAAUGAGAUCCAACAAUGUUUGGAAAGACAAGGGAGAAAGCUGGGUAUUUCCAGUAGCCUUGUGGGACUAUUGGGUACUCAAGUCCAGGAAGCAAAUUGGGAAACAUAAAAUGUGUUGACUGAGAGCUAAUAAGAUGGUGCUGUUUUGAAGGACACAUGACAUACUAAAGAUGUUUUCCUUCAAUUUAAGUUGUAUAUUAUUGUUAUUAAUGUUACUAUCAAUAGUUUUAACAAAAAUGCAAAACUAAAACAUGGACUUUUGUAAAGAAAUAUAUUAAGAAAAAAGUGAUAUUCCAAAGUAAUCCUCUUUUUGCUUUCUGUCAUUCAAAAAACCAAAAAGCAAUCUUGAGGUCGACAGAGAGCAGGAGAGGUGUUCCUAAAUGCAAACUGUAAAGGAUGUCCCGUGGCUUGACACGAGCACCAGUCCACCACUUCUGCACAAGCUACAGGCAUUUCAGCCAUUAACACGAUGUGAGAGUCACUCAGCGUGGUUUUAAAAGCUAAGGAUGGUUACACAAAUAUCCUUUGAUAAGUAAUAUUUUUUUUAUUGCUGUUAAGAAGCUGUAUCUUGUGUGUAAAGGAAGGACUGAAGUGCUUGAGCCUCAAGACUGGGAUUAUACACAUACACCCACCUACACACACACAUACACACACACACACACACACACACACACACACAGACACGGUGUUGCACUGUCCAAACUAGAUAGGUUUUUAUGGAGAUCUGCUUUUUAUUCUCUUAUGUUUCAUUGUCACUUUGAUUAUCACUAUUGUUAUAACUGUACUACUUAUCCUAUUGUUAUCAUUAAUACUCAUCACUGUUUUGAUUAUUAUUGAUCCAUAAUGGUUUUUAAUGCCACCUCUCUGCUCAAAAAGAGUAUGGUAUUGAUAUGAAUAUUGAACAAUAAUGGUGGCAGUGUUGUUAUGAAUUGUUAGAUUUUUGAUUAAGCUUAAUUUUCCUCCUCACUUGUACCUGCCUUUUUUGUGUUUGGUCUCCAUUAUGCUUUCUUUGAUAUACAGAAAAAGAAAUAAAAUCAGUUGAACAACAAA